AAUCCAUUUUGUUCCCUAAUAGACACAAUGUCUACUCAGAAGCUUUUCUCAGCUUUGUUUCUUCAACUAAUCCUUGCCAUUUUCGUCCUAGACGUUGCCGAUGCGCAGUACUUGAAGCUCGGGUUCUACAAGAACACAUGCCCAGCAGCUGAGGACAUUGUCCGAGAGACUACAGCUCAAUACAUUUCAAAAGCACCAACUCUUGCAGCUUCCUUGCUGAGAAUACAUUUCCAUGACUGUUUUGUCAGGGGUUGCGAUGGAUCGGUCUUAUUGAACUCUACAAAGAAUAAUCGAGCUGAAAAAGAUGCAAUCCCCAACCUAAGCCUCAGAGGCUACCAAGUUAUUGAUGCAGCAAAAUCUGCAGUGGAAAAGAAGUGUCCAGGAGUGGUUUCUUGUGCUGACAUUGUAGCCCUAGUUGCUCGAGAUGCAGUUUCAAUGAUCAAUGGACCAUAUUGGCAAGUUCCCACAGGAAGAAGGGAUGGAAAAGUAUCAGUUGCCUUGGAGGCCUUAACAAAUUUGCCUCCUCCUUUAGCCAACAUUACUCAACUAAAAGCAAUGUUCCAGUCAAAGGGUCUGUCUAUAAAAGAUCUAGCAGUUCUAUCAGGUGGACACACAAUUGGGAUCUCUCACUGUUCAUCCUUCACCAACCGCCUUUACAACUUCACUGGGAAAGGUGACACUGACCCUUCCAUGGAUCCCAACUAUGUGAUCCAAUUGAAGAAGAAAUGCAAGCCAGGAGAUGUUUCUACAGUUGUGGAGAUGGACCCCGGAAGCUUCAAAUCAUUUGAUGAAAACUACUACACUGUUGUAGCUAAAAGGAGAGGCCUUUUCCAAUCCGAUGCAGCUCUUCUUGAUGAUGUUGAGACUAGCAAAUAUGUGAGACUUCAGUCUUUUUCCCAUGGAGAGUCUUUUGGGCAAGACUUCGCAGCAUCCAUGGUCAAAAUGGGCAGGAUUGGAGUGCUCACUGGGAAUGCAGGUGAAAUCAGGAAAUACUGUGCCUUUGUCAACUAAUUAAUGGGGCUCUUUUUUUCUUUUUUUUUUCCAGCUCAUCAACUUUCUGAUUGAAUUGUAUUUGUGGGCGUUACACAUUCAUUUUCCUUCCUUUUUCCAGCUCUUUUUUUCUUUUUCCUUUUUUUUCCUUCCUUUUUCCUUUGUCAAUAAUGUGUACAUUUGUUUUUCUGAGCAAUGAAUAAGAUUUAUGGUGCUGUUUCCACA